AUGACCAAUAACAUGCUGCCACGCGGCCAUCUUGAGCGAAUUUGGGCGUCUGUACCUCACCUACGCAACGGAGAGAAGUACCGCACGUUGAAACCCGGCGGCUCACAAUUCAGACUCCACAGAGACCAACUCCUGGAUUGGGAGAACUUCACCCAAGAGGUAAAGGUUCUGUCUAAUCCCUAUUGUGGGAACCAUUAUCGCUUUAUGCCCGCUGUACCAAACGAGACCUUUGGUGUGGCAAAUGAGCUAGGGGUGUUGUACGAGGUGAAGACGCACUGGGCGUUCGAGCCAGGCAAGGAAGAAACUUGGAAGAGUUUCACAGCUCGAAAGUUUGGCCAGCUCUCUCGAUACAUGGAUGAUCAUCACUGCAGAUAUGACAUCUAUACGGUCUAUGAGUAUACAUGGUUCUUGAAAAGGCUCGAUAACACCCACCUUGCCGUGUCUCAGCCAAUAAGUGCCAGCUCUGUCUCAACAUCUAGUGCCCUAUCGCUCCGGGAAUGCCUACUGGCUCUUGUCAUCGCGGGCGCUGAUGAAGAAAGGAGCCACUACCCUGCCAGGUAUGGCAAACGUUUAACUACUCGAAGGCAGACCAUGAUCCGACGAUCGAGAAGCCCACCUAAUUUGAGAGGGAGGUCCUCCUAACUUCAAUGUCA